UAUUCUAAAACGUUGUGUUCCAGCCAGUGUCUAUUGUAGUGUAGCUUUAAUUCCUGUUUUAGUAUAUUCUAUAUGGAUUUGAAACAGUAUCCUAUUUCGAUGGAGUCGUCAGCGUUACAGGGCACAGAGAAUGUUUGCGUAAAGGUUCGGCGCUGUGAGGAAGUGUGUACAACAUAUGAGCUCACGUCCGCGGAAGUGUCUGUGAAGAUUGAGCCGCUGGAUGAUGUGUAUGUAAAGGACGAGUCCAAACGCGAAUGUGUAUACAUACAAGCUGAGCCAUCGUACUCAGAUGUGAGUGUAAAAGACGAGUCGGCCGGCGUGAGCGCGGUGACGGAGCUGUACUCCGAACACGCCGUUAAAGAUGAGCUCGUGCUCGGCCCCGUGCUAGUGGAGCGGCGCGUGCGCCACGCACCAACAGCUUUCAACACAGAUAUUGAAGUCAAGCAGUCACGUGAGCUUGUCCCAGAGAGCACAGACGGAGACAGCCAAACACAAGUUCCGGAACCUGGCGUAGAGGAACUUGGGAACACCAAAGUUGGGAAAGCUAAAAGGAACAAUCGAGGUAAGGGAUCCGUGUAG